CAGCGGCGGCUUGCCCUCGCCGUGGGGCAGGCGAGGCGACGACCCACACCACCCCACCCCACCCAAUGAGGAGCCCGAAACGGUCACGCCGCCCGAGCCCGAGAGAGAGAGAGAGAGAGAGAGAGAGAGAGACGACACGCGCGGCACGAGCGCGAACCGCAUACGCCUCGCCUCGCACGCACACCGACGAGCGACGAGCGAGCCCGACACAUCCCCGUCGCGAUUGGCAUUGCCCUCCCCUCCCCUCCUCCUCCUCCGAUCCCGCCGCGCCCUAACCUCACCCGGUCUCCUCCACCCGCGCUGCCGCCGCCGAGAUCGGGCUCCCGCUCGCAACCGCCCUCGAGGAUAGAACCCGCCGGGCCGUGAGAUGGGGCGGUGAGUAGCGUGUGGCGGCGGCGGCGGCGGCGGGUGUAGGGUGGCGGCGAGGGCAAUAUCAUGGUGCAGUGUCUGGACGGGGUGAGGCAGCUGCUCGCGGUCUUUCUCAAGUGCUGCGACGUUGAGCUCCAGCAGCCGCGGGGGCUCGAGGACCCCCAGGUCCUCGCGCGGGAGACCGUCUUCAGCGUCAGCGAGGUCGAGGCGCUCUACGAGCUGUUCAAGAAGAUAAGCAGCGCUGUGAUCGAUGACGGGCUGAUUAACAAGGAGGAGUUUCAGUUGGCGCUAUUCAAGACUAGCAAGAAGGAGAGCUUGUUCGCAGAUCGCGUAUUUGAUUUGUUUGACACAAAGCACAAUGGAAUUUUAGGAUUUGAAGAAUUUGCCCGUGCUCUCUCAGUAUUUCAUCCUAAUGCUCCCCUUGAUGAGAAAAUUGACUUUUCAUUCCGGCUAUAUGAUCUCAAGCAACAAGGCUUCAUUGAGAGACAAGAGGUUAAGCAGAUGGUUGUUGCGACACUUGCUGAAUCAGGAAUGAAUCUUUCUGAUGAAAUUGUAGAGAGCAUAAUUGACAAGACAUUUGAGGAGGCAGACACAAAGCAUGAUGGAAGAAUUGACAAAGAAGAGUGGCGCAAUCUAGUUCUUAGGCAUCCCUCUUUGCUGAAGAACAUGACUCUCCAGUACCUGAAGGACAUCACCACUACAUUUCCAAGCUUUGUCUUUCACUCUCAAGUUGAUGAUAACUGAAGCUCUUGGAGUUCUUUCAAAUCAAACAUCAAAAGAUAUGCCCGUGGCGUUUUGAUAAGGUUUUCGAUAUUUGAUCAUUGGAUUGACAAAUCAUAGUGCGCUGAAGGAUGUUGCAUGUCAGAUUCGAGAACUUGAAUCUUUUGUCAGUAACCUUGUUUCUUUCAUUGCAAUAUGGCUGGAUGCACUUGGACAAGAUCUAUCUGUCCAAAGUUUUCCUUUUGGUUCUUUUGGCUGGCCCGCAACCGGAUCCAGAUCCCUGAAGCUUGUCUUUUGUCUUUUGUACAGAAUAGAAACAGUAUUUUAAGGAUUUAAAUUGUGGUAUUAUUUUGUUUUUCA